AUGAAUCUAGUAACAUCUGGAAUAAUUUUAUAUUCAUUCUAUAUAUGUGUAUGUAUGGAUCCUGAUGGAGCUGAUGGUGGAAAUAACCCACCGGGCGAUAAUCCUCCUCCUUCAAGACCUGCUAAAUGUACUCUGUUACCAACAGAUGAUGAAGCACAAGGUGCUCUUGGUCCUCCUGUAUGUACACCAGGUGAUUGUGGUCCACAUCCUCAUGCUGCAGACGGAACACUAUUAACUCCAGUAGAUGCAAAAAAUGUGUCAAAUAAUAGACAUACCUUUUUUUGUAAAUAUACAGGACCAGAUAAAAAAUCUCAUCAUGAGUUAAAGCCUGGCCAUGGUUGUGGAUUUAAUUCCGUAAGUUAUGGAGGUGAACAAGUAUGGGAAAUGGAAAGAGAAAAUUAUGGAACAGGGGUUGAUGUUCAUCCCAUAGGGGAUUCACACAAAACUCUGGUAGUAACAAUGAAAGAUGGCUCAAAGAAGAUAUAUCAAAAGAGAGGAAAAGGUAAACCAUGGGAAGAGAAGAAUUAG